GCGGCGCCCAUACAGCUUGCACGGCUUGUACAUGUAUUAGCGAAUAAUAUAUACACUUAAAAUCAAGUAAUAUGCUUCGAUGCUGAUGUGUGUAUACGCUCAUAUGAUGCAGACACUAUCGAUGACGUAGCGAGUUGUAGUCCAGACUUUGCGUACAACGUAAGAAUGGCCGAGGGACCAGCCAUUCCGAUUUCGUCUAGUUCAACUUCGAGCCUGGAAUCCGUAUCACAGGAACAAGCGUUCCUGGAAACCUAUUUUUUAGCGCUGAGCCAGUUUGCUUACGAUAAAGCGAAGGAGUAUGCAGACAAAGAAAGGGAUUCUCGUAAGAAUACUUAUGGGUCUACAUGGGGGCAGAUGUUAUUUGCAUUGUCGCAUCUAGCUACAGCAGAGAAAACAUACUCUGGAUUACUAUUUCUGGGACAGAAAUGGUUUGGCAGGAAGGAUUCACUUCGAACAUCAUAUGUAUCACUUCUCAACGAACUUCAUAAGAUAGAAAAUAUAGGCCGACUCGCAAUGGGAGGAACUGCCCCAUUUUUGGAGAGAUUACUGUCGCAUUUGAGUGGGCAGCUUUGUCAGUAUGUGCAGGCAAGACAAGAAUUUAUGGACUUGCACUCCAAGAAUUUCCAUCACCCAAUACUGAGUCCUUUGAAAAGCUCUGUAUCCCUGGAGUUUGAUCUGUUACUGGUACUGCUUCAGGCUGAAGUGGAUAUCUCACAGUGGAAGUUCCUGCAGUCGCUGCUAAAGAUACACGAAGCACAUUCCAAAUCAGAACCCUGGCGAACGUUAUUACGUCCUAAAGAGGCAAAAAAGAAGAUGCCUUCAUCUCAUAAAUUACAUGCUAAUCCUCCAUUGUAUCUAUGGAUAUUGAAAUAUAAAGAUGCACUGGUUUCCAAGUUCAGUCUUUACUUUCACGAAGUUCUCAGUAAGCAAGCUCCAAUUGGUGACAUAAAGACAGUCAUGUCCAAAAUACCAACCGACUUUUAUACGAAAAUUGUCUCAUUCCACAAGAAGACAGAUGCUUUCAACAUUAGUUUAGUGUUUAAUGUGAGAGGAUGUGAAAGCACGUAUACUGGACAUGGUUACCAUCACCCUGAGGCAUUGUUUAUCCCGGUAACGGGACUCGACAGUUAUCCUGCCGUUGUCAGCUAUCCCAAUGAUCGGCCAAUCAGCCACUGGCCCAACGUAGUGAUGUUAAUUUCCAGCAAAAUAUCAGAACUGGAAAGCCAUGACAGAAUUCUGUAUUUUUAUGACAAGAAUUUUCAAAGCACUUAUUAUAUAUGUAAAGUUGAUAAUAAGAUGAUGCUGGUGCUAUUAUAUGAAUCAAAGAAAAAUGAGAAGGACUCGCAUGUUAAUACUUUUAUGUCAGAAAUGAGUUCUCAGCUACGAAGUAACAAGUUAUUUGCUAGUUUGAAGACAGGCUCAAAAAGUUGA